AUGCACGUAUUCUCUCUGGUAGUAAUAUUUCUACUUCAUAUAUCUUCCGUCGAAUCACUUCGUAGAAGUUCAACACGCAUUGGUUCAUUGACGAAUACUUCCCUGAUUUUGGUCAUCGUCGUACCGAGUGUUACUUUUCUCCUUAUUGUUGUUACAUUGGCCAUCUAUUGUUAUGUUAAACGUGCUCAAAGAGCACGUCAGUCUAUUCCAUCAAUAUCUACUCAGAUCGCCUUAGCUUCACAAAACAAUUCAUAUGCACCACCUGAUAGUCAAACAAGACAACUUCCACCACGGUAUUCGUCUCAUGGCUUCUAG